UAAGUGUAGGGGCAAUUGUAGUGUUAUUAUAGUAUUAUUGCAAACACUUAUUGUUAUGAAACGUGCGAGACUACAGAAGAUUAUUGGAAAGAUACGAUAAAUGAUAGUGAAAUACGUCAACAAGAAAUAUGUGCAAUUAGCUUGCAAGCUGUUAUAAUUCGCAAGAAUCGCAAGUCAGUUAGUGUGAAAGUAAUGAUUAAUGCUGGCUGCGGCAUGGUGAAAUUUGUAUUUUCGAGCAUCACUACGAAAUAAAUCAAUAGUAAAUAAACAAAGCAUAAAAUCGUUUACUGUGAGUUAAAAAAUUGUGCGCGAUACAACUCGUUGCGUUUUACCAAACAACGUGGAGCGCCGGCCUAGUUUUUUGUUUCAUGUAGCAGCAGUAGGGUUGCCAAGUAUCAGAAACUAAUUUCCAAUGGCAAACAGGCCACAAGUUAAAUAUAGCCCCACAAAUACAGACUGUGAUGAACGAGUGCAAAAUGAGUGCACACAGCAGCAACAACAGCGCAACCAUUGGGAGAAAUUCAAGAGGAAUUGCAUGUCCCCAUGGUAUAAAAAUAUCUCAGUGGAGCCCUCUAUGUUCCUGUACAUGUUUGCUUUCAUGAUUACCUCAGUGGUGGAACAGGAUUUUUUCGUACAGAAAGCAUGUCGAGUGAAUAAUAAUUUCACUGAUGAAAUAUGCUCAAAUAUUCAAGCUGAUGAGAAUGCUUACUAUAAAAAGCAAGUACAGAUCACAACCGCAAAAUUCUACCAAAUAGAGGCUAUCUCAGCGCACAUAUUUCCCAUUAUAUUAGCUCUCUUUCUCGGUUCUUUCUCUGACCGUCGUGGGCGAAAAUUUCCGCUCUUAAUGGGCCUGACUGGUAAAUUCAUCUAUUCGGUUAUGAUCGUUGUGAAUGCACGAAUGAAAACAUGGCCACUGGAGUAUGUAAUUUACACAGCUACGCUGCCUGCGGCACUAACUGGAGCAGACGUGGCCAUAAUGGCUUCAUGCUUUGCCUACAUCGCGGAUAUUUCAACGGUAAAUAAUCGAACGCUACGUGUAACCAUCCUUGAUGUAUGUUAUCUGAGCGCUAUGCCCACGGGAGUUGCUUUAGGUUCCUACCUUUUUUACUAUGCGUUUAAUCAGUCGUAUGCUGAUAUGUUCACCGUGAAUGCCACACUGUUGGCACUUUCCAUAAUUUACACAAUUUUCGUGCUGAAAUGGCAAACGACGCCUAAGCAACGUUCCCUACGCGAACUCGGCUGUUGUGGUUUCUUCCCGGACUUCUUCGAUAAGGAGCAUGUAAAGGACUCCGUCAACGUUUUGAUUAAGCAGCGGCCAGGCCAUCGCCGCCCAUUUCUCAUCAUACUACUGAUUUCCAUGGCUCUGUACACAUUUCAGCGCGAUGAGAGUCAGUAUUUGUUCCUUUACACAACAUUCAAAUUCAAUUGGAACGUCGAUGUGUACAGCACAUUCAAGACAUUUAAGUCGUCCGCCUAUGUGAUAGCAAUGCUGUUGGCAGUGCCAUUAAUGAAUAAAGGUUUUCAUUGGAAGGAUACAACUAUUAUCUUUAUCGGCGCUUGGUCACACACUAUUGCCCGAAUUUUUUACUACCUCGCCAAUACUGGCGAACUAUUUUAUGUAGGUGCUUUGGUCUGCAGUUUGGGUCCGAUUGUGGGUCCAAUUAUACGCGCAAUGGCCUCGAAGAUUGUGCCUCUAUCAGAGCGUGGCAAAGUGUUUGCUCUGCUGUCGGUUUGUGAUAAUGCUGUACCGUUUAUUAGCGGGGUUUGUUAUUCGCAAGUUUAUCGUGCAACCUUGAAUGAUGAUGGCAAGGGCGGACAGGGUAUUUUCCUGCUAACCAUCGCUACGCAAUUAACCGUCUUCGUUUUGUUACUUGCUGUUCAUAUUAUUCUCGGCGAAAAUUCAUUGACUGUUCCAGAAGUCACCGAAAACGAGUCUCAACUUAUACAUCCCAGCAACGAGACUGAAGCUGUUCCUCCCCAAGAUGUUAACAACGAUGGUGUUGUUGAAAAAGCUCAAAUCGCUGUUAUAAGCGGAAAUGUUACGGAAAAUAACGCCGCGUAGAAUUGGAAGUUUUUAUUUCUAUUUACAUAUAAGAAUGAACACAAAUAGAUCCGGAGUACCUGCUUGAAAGUAGAAGUUUGAAAAAAGACUGUCGGAGUGUGUUUUGACAGAAGGUCUAAAUAAACAAAAUAAAGUUGCCUUGUAAAUAAAAUAUACAAGCAUUUAUAAACCUUGUAUCUAACGGGA